AUGAAGUGUGAUCGGGACACGUUUGCCAUAUAUUUUUCGAUCAUAACAGUGGGGACAAUUUGUCUAAAUAUAUCUAUGCAUAAGCUUAAGCAUUUAAGUCAGAUUGACCUUAAGUUAUUAAAUCCUGUUGUGUUUGUUUCAGAUGAGAGCGGUGAUUCAUGUGGUGAUGGAGAAACGGCCUCUACAUCAAAACAGCGACUGACAGCACAAACUCUUUCCUGCAUCACCUGUGGAAAGACAUUCAGUUCACAGAGACGUUUAGAGACACAUGAGAGAAAACACACAGAACAGAAACUCUUCACCUGCACCAGAUGUGACAUCAGCUUUCCUACCUUACAAGAGAAGAAACUUCAUUCACAAGAGCACAGAGACAAGAAACACUUUCACUGUGAGCCGUGUGGGAGGACUUUUCUCUACUCGACUAGUCUGAAACGACACAUGAGGACACACGGUGAAGUAAAGCCUUUCCACUGCAGUGAAUGUGGCAAAUGUUUCAGCUGCAAAACUCAUCUUGUUCUUCAUCAGAGAAUUCACACGGGAGAAAAACCGUUUGAGUGUCCUCACUGUGAGAUGAGAUUUAGCCAUGGAGGCAAUCUGAAGCAACACGUGCGUUUACACACCAAUGAGAAACCGUAUGAGUGCAUUGAAUGUGGAAAAGCCUUUACGCAGUCAAGUUCUUUAAAGAAACACCAAAAAAUACACUCUGAUGAGAAACUCUAUCAGUGUUCAUACUGUGAUAAACGUGUCCGUCAUAAAUCUCAUCUGAUAUGUCACGAAAGAGUUCACACUGGAGAGAAACCUUAUCUCUGCUCUCACUGUGGAAAGAGCUUUGCUCAUCCAAGUACUUUUAAACAUCAUCACAGAGUUCACACUGGAGAGAAACCUCAUCAGUGCAGUGUUUGUGGGAAGAGUUUCAGUCGACAUGACAAUUUAGUGUCACAUCAUAGAACACACACAGGUGAAAGACCUUACAAAUGUUCUCAGUGUGACAAGACGUUUACUCAAAGAGUUCUCCUGAGAAUCCAUCAGAGAGUUCACACUGGAGAGAAACCUUAUCACUGCUCCAUCUGUGGAGAGAGUUUUGCAUAUUUAGGACGUUUUCAGACUCAUCAGAAGAAACAUGCUGAAGAACAAACUGAUUUGGGAAAAACAACCAAAUAAAAAAAAGGGGGAAAACCCUACAUAAAACCCACCGUAAAAAGUGAAUGUUAUUGCUCUCUAUGUAAACAGAUUGAACAAAAAAGUAUCAGAUUGAUAUCUCAUAACAGUUGAUUUGCUUUGAGGUUCUGAUGGACUUCAGUUGAUGAUAAAACAGUAAAAUCACUUCACACUGGAUUCACUUUGACUGGAUCAUUCAUGACAGUUUAACAAUAACUCUGUUGUACAUUUUUGCUACAUUUCUGAUUCUGUUGUUCUAGUCAUUGAUACAAAUCACAUUCUUCAUUAAAAUGUAUAUUAACUCUGGUGAA